CUACUCUAGAAAAUAUGGUACUCCAAAGCUAUCAACAAAAUAAAUCACAAUUAAUUAUUUGCAAUAAGGGGUGUACCUGGAUAUUGACUACUUGUUAAUGAAUAGGAAGAAAAACAAUUAAACAAAAUUUAUGUACUAAAGUAAGUUUCUUUUACAUCAUCACAAUUUUAAAAUGAUAGUCAUUGUCAAAUUACUAGAAUUAGGGUCAUUAGUCAUGUUCACAAGUAUAGUAUAAUAAAUAAUAAGUGCUCUGACUCGGAGCUCUGUCUAUCUACUCACUUCGCUAUACUAGACUGUAGUGUAACUAUAGUAAAUACUUAGUAUAUAGUAUAGUCUGUAGUCUAAUCUAUAGUAUAGUCUAUAGGUAGUAAACUUGCUUAGUUAGUAAUGUUAAUGGUUAAUUAUUAUUAGUCAUAAUUAAAAUACGUGCCUUAAAAUACUUUAAAAUACUAUACUUAUACUGAACUGAUAAACUGGUAAUCUAAUAAUUAAACUUAAACUAGUUUGACCAAUUUGAGUAUGUCAGUAGCUGACUGUAGUAGUAUCUAAAAUCUAUUUUAUAUGCCAACUACUUACUUUCUAAAAUAAACUAAACCCGUUCUGAUUCUGAUAGACUACGUUGCUGCAACCAAGUACUGGGGCAUAUGUACAACGUUCUAAAUCUUAUUUAUUAGUUCUUAACUUAAAGUAGUUUAGCCCUUGGCUUUGGCCAACAAUAUCAUUUUAUUAUUAGUUAAUAAAUUUAAAAUUAAAAUAAAACACACGACAGUAAAUAUUAGUCAAUAAUAGUUCACACUUAAACUUAGACUUAGACACAGAGUAGACAACAAAACAGGAAGACUGAAUUUGAUGACAUUAAAAACACAAAGGACCAUGCUAGUAGUGGUGGAUGGCUUCCGAUCAACCAAAGCCACUGUAUAUUCAGGAGUUCCUCAGGGUACAAUGCUGGGCCCCACUUCUCUUUCUCUGUCAUAUAAAUGACCUCCCUGAUACUGUAAAAUCUCAAGUGAGGCUGUUUGCAGAUGACUCUUUUGUCUACAGAGAGAUAAAUAGCUAUGAGGAUCACAUCCAACUACAAGCAGAUUUGAAGAGCCUUAUGAAAUGGGCGGACUAAUGGGGCAUGAAAUUUAACGAAACCAAAUGCUAUUCAAUGAGCAUCUCAAGAAAAAAACAUCAACCUAUAUGUACUCUCUAAACAAGACCAUUCUCCAACAAGUGUCAAAUAAUCCAUACCUUGGAGUUCUUUUCUCUAAUAAUCUAAAACUCCACACUUGGUUUCAUUCGAAGAAAUCUGCGCCACUGCCCAACAUCCUGCAAACGAAAUGCCUAUCUCGCACUCGUCCGUCCGCUACUAGAAUAUGGUGCGAUAAUCUGGGACCCAUACCUAAAGCAAGAUGUGGACGAAAUGGAGCGAAUACAACGCAACGCGCUGCGCUUCAUCGCAAGUGACUAAAAAUUCACCACUCCUGGCUUCGUCACUGACCUCUUAAAAAGAUUUGACAUCCCCUCCCUCAAAGAGAGACGAGAAAAGCUUCGUCUAACAAUUCUCUAUAAAGUGGUCACGGAGCUAGUGCCGGCCAUUCCAGCUAACACGUAUCUAACCCAGCAAAAGCCAGGUCGCUUAAUUAGAGCAAAAUGCUCAAUAAACACUGACUUCACCUCUGAUAACUCCAUGAGCAGUUACAUCCGGAACAAUUUUAAAUGCUUCACUGUGCCUCAGUGUAACACAGUUCAAUAUAAACAGUCAUUCUUCCCACGAACAAUAAUUGCUUGGAACAACAGGACAAUGCCGCCAUGGACUCGACAUGAAUCGAGAGUUUCAAGGCUGCCCUGGCACCCACUAGGAGCCGUUAGGAUAGCCGCAUCGUUUCCCAAACCGCUGCACAUAUGCCAGAUCAUGGAUGCAGCAACGUAGUCAUUCAGAAUCAGGAUAAGUAGUAAUAAAUAAAGUACUAGACUUAAUAAAGAACAUUUUGUACCUGAAUCUGUCUUGGCAGCCAUCUGCGCACCCACAGCCAAAUUCAGAACUAGCAUGAAUAUGAUGAUUAAAAUAUUCAUGGUAAAUUUCAACAGAUGAACAUUAUCACUAUAUUAUAUUUAGUUAUAAAUAAGUAAUUAGGUAAGUAGGUAGUAAAAACCCAAUGCCAGUUAAAAUUCUAUACUAGGAGACGUAGCAAGGUUAGCCUAAUAAAUAAGGCUAAAGACAAAGACUAGUGUAGAAUAAGGCUUCUAAGUAACAAUGUAAUAUUGCUUAAACUGCCUAACCCAGUGGUCAGCAAAUCACGGCUCUUUAAUGACCUGGCUGCUCCUCAGCCACUCUGCCAAAAAUUGGUUUAGACUCUGAAAAACAUGGUUCUUGACAGGUUCUUGAAAAGAAAUUUGGCUUUCAAUAAAAUUUUAAUUGUCCUGUUGCUGAUUUUUGGCUCUUUUAACUAAUGAGUUUGCCGACCACUGGCCUAACCCAUAACUUAAUCUAAAACAAGAGUAAAACUAAGUAUACUGUUGCCAACAGAACUUUUUUAGAAGAUUUGUGUUAGUGUUACUGAAAACUGAGAUUAUAAAGAGUUAUAAGAAGUGCUCAAUUUUGUUUAAGGCUUCAACAAAAAUGGAAGGGGCCAUCCAUAAAUGAUGCCACACUAGUUUGGUAGAUUUGUAACCCGUCCCCCCACAGUCAAAAACGUUAGAUAUCCUCAUCACAAAUUCUUGAUCUCACCCCUUUCCUAGAACUAGAUGGCCCCUAAAACAAGAUCAGAUUAGAUCAAGCACUUCCUGAUUCUAAUUGUUGCCAUUAGAUCAACACAACCGCCAACUAAGAAUUCCCCAGUAGAAUAUGCCCCAACUGAUAAUUAAAUUUUUAUGUUUAAAUCCAUUUAAUAUUUUGUAUGCAAAAUAUAAUGAAAGACUUUAGGUCACUGAGGUUACUGCUUGAGAAAUUCUCACAAUUGCUGUUAAUAAAUUGUACUUGAUAUCUCUGUUCCAAAAACAUUUACAGUAUUUCACCCAAUGACCUUUGUGUAUAACAGAGUAUGCUUAGGGCUAAUCACACCCUCUCCAAUAAGGGGAAAUAAAUUAAUUCAAGGUGUAUAUUAUCCAAAUUGAUAUAAUAUAAACUUAAUUUGCUAAAGUAUUUUUGUUAAGUUUAUUCUUUACUGCAGAUUACACAAAAAUUUUUAAAUAAUUCAUGUUAGUGAUAUCCCAUUUGAUAAUGGUAAAUAUAUGUUUCCUGAAACUCUUUCACAGGCAUUAUUUAAAUGUGGAUCUAGUUUAUCUAGUACAGCAUGGAUGAUGAUAACUAUUAUAUUGUUCUGUGUAAAAAUCCUACACGUUUUGAACCAGUUAGUAAGGCAAACAAUGUAUUCUUUGAUGAUGCAAAUAAACAGGUAAAUUUUUUGCAAAUAUUAGCAGUAAUGAAUGUAGAUUACUCUAAUUGUCAAAUAUUCACAACAUUUUAAUUUACACCACAGUCCAUGGCAUUUUUUAAGAAUCAGUGAUUGUGAAACAGCUUUUUUAUGUUGUGAUUUAUAAUUAUAUUUAACUCAAAAAUCAGUUUACAAAUUACUUUUGUUUGUAGAGUUAUAAAAACACUAAAUGCUGCUAAGAUAUUUAUAACUUACCUAAUUUUAUUCCUUAUACUUUUUAAUAAUUUAUAAUGGGUAUUGUUUCCCUUAGGUGUUUGCUGUUAGAUCAGGGGGUGCCAUGGGUGUAGUUAUGAAAGGACCUGAUGAAAGACCAAUGGCCCCAUUUAGGUAAUUAUUGUGAUCCUAAAUCAAGUUUGUCUGAUAAUUUUGUAAUGGUUAUAUUGUUAUCAAUAUUUAAUAAUUUUUUAUGCAAAUACAACUAUUAAUACUUGUAUUUCAAUAUUUUAAAACAGAAUGGAAGAUCGAGGGGACAUUGUGUCCAUCAAGUUUUCUCCAGAUAAAAAAAUUUUGGCAGCACAGCGCUCCACUAAAACAGUUGUAAGACUUUCUUGAUGCUAAUUAAAAUGAAAUUUAAUUUUUGUAAAAAAAACAAUUUAAAUUUAUUGCUAUUACUUUUAUUCUAAUAAUUGACAUUCCAUAUUUUUGUAAUUCUAAAGUCAAAUAGACUAAAUUAAACCAAACUGUACCGUAUUAAAACAUAUUGUAACCUUGAUCAGGAAUUUCUCAACUUUCAAGAAGACUUCAGCACUGAUCCACAGGAAUAUUCACAAGCCUGCAAAGUAAGCUCUAUCUGUACUAACUGUAAGAUGAGAUAUUCCUGUUUUUAAUUGAUCCUUUUUCAUGUUGUAAUUGUAAGUCAUGUCAUUAUUUGAUUCUUCAGUAUGUUAUACUUUUCACCAAAAAGUUUUAAAAUCAAUUUGAGCAGCUGAUUGGAAAAGUCAGUAAACCAAAUGACUAACACUAACAUUUGUAAAGUCAUUUUAUGAGUUAAAGCCCAGCCCAGAAUUUAAAAUUUAAAAAAAAAUUAAAUUCCAUAUUGCCAAAGAUGGGCAUUGACCCAAGCUCCAAUCAAUACUCAAUCAUCAGCAACUUGGAACACUCUGCUGGAUGUAAUAUAUAUUACAAAUAUUUUACAAGCAGACAAAUCCUAUGGAUGCAUCUUUUUAUUUCAAAAGUAAGAUACAUUUUGUUUUCAGGGUAAAACUACAAUCAUUCGAGGUUUUGUGUGGAGUUCGUACAAUGAAAUAAUAUUUAUAACCACUGGAGGACUGGAGCACUAUCAGGUUUGUUAUUAGCAAUGUCCAUUAUUUUUGUUGUGCUUAAAAUUAUUAGUUUCUAAUUAAUUGAAGACUAAAACUAUUAUUUCUAGAUUUCGAGAAAAUCAGGUUUCUUGAUCUAAAGAUCUAAAAGAAAAUUAUCCUUUAGCGGUUUAAUUGAUAAAUCUUGACCCAUUGGAAACGAAGCUAAAAAUUAUAUGAAAUUUAGUAGUGACCAUCCAUCCAGUUGACAUUUUUUUUUUUUAAUUCUUUUUUUUUUUUGUAAGAAAACUAAUAACUAGCAUACAUAUUCUGGUUGAAGCUUGAGCUUAAGCUCUUAAAGCCCCGGCUAGAACAUUCGCAACCAACACCAAUUGCUGGGUUUUGCAAUAUAACAUCAUCGUCUUAAUGUAGGACUCUCCCAUCGCCCUAGCCUCCCCCACAACAUCCAGUGCAGGGCAAUCAGUCUACAAAUGAGCUAGUGUCUCCAGGAUCAGCGUGCAGUGCCAGCAUUUCUGGUCCCUGUUUUUGUCUAGCCUGUUAAAAUAUGAGUUAGUAUGGUAGUGCUUGGUUUUCAUUUGGGUCACCAGACUCUGGUGUCAGCGACCAAACUUCCAUUAGGGGUUGUGUCUGCUCGGAAGUGGCAUGAAAGCGAAUACACCUUUGGCCUUCGUGCUGUCUGCCAUUUGUCUGUACCACUUUGUUCGAAAGUGGUCUGCUAGUCAAUUUUUGAAACUCAGAUAAGUGAUUGGUUUUUCUGCCAGGGUGUCUGCUUUUUCAUUGCCUCUAACUUUUACAUGGCUUGGUAUCCAUUGCACCAUUACCUUGCCUCCGAUCUUCUCAAUCUUCUUGGAUGGCAUCAACCAAGUGUUACAUGCUUUCUUAUUCAAGAACUUGAAAUUCAAUGCCGCAAUCCCACAGGGCCAUGAAAGCCUCUCAUUUGGUGGCCCUCCAACUGGGUAUAGGAUGAGCGCACCAUACCCCACAUUUCUUUCUGUCAUGUUGGCCAAUCCAUUAAGGGCAGCCGCUCUCUGUACAAGUGCAGGGCUGCGUUUCAUCACUACUGUGUUGUUCAGAGCCCAACAUGUAUUGGGACGGGUAGGUUCUAGAUAGGGCGGAACGAAUGGAGUAUGGGUCAGACUUUCUCUAUUUUUGGAGAGUUUGACUGUACUUUCCAGUUGUGCAACUUGGUGUGUAGAAGAAGAUCUUUAUACCCAACUCCCGGCUACCCAGUUAUUCUGCAACUUGGUGUGUAGAAGAAGAUCUUUAUACCCAACUCCCGGCUACCCAGUUAUUCUGCAACUUGGUGUGUAGAAGAAGAUCUUUAUAGCCAACUCCCCGCUACCCAGUUAUUCUGCAUUUUAAAGCAGUUUUUUUUUCUUUUCGUUUAACCUCCUAUACAGUUCUACAAUGAUUAAUAUCGUCUUGCCCCUUUUGAUAUCAAGUGGCUCUAUGUUGGCUGUGACUUCCACAGCAGCUGUGGGUGUGGUUUUAAUGCACCACAGAUGCCUGAUUCUGGAUUUGGCCCAAUUUUUGCAAUGCAGACUGGACGGCCAUGCUGUAAUCCAUCACUCACCUUACACUACUCAGGAACACAGGGCUCUGGUGGCUGAUCCCGCCCCCCCCCCCCCUUCAUGCUUUUUCACCAGGCUGAGCUUGGUCAUCAAGCUGGCAAUCGCCAGGGAAUUAAAGUCUUGCACGAAAUUAUGCAUGUGUUCCUUUUGAUGUACUUUGACUCACAGGUAGACUGGUUACUUACUUGAGCGCUAUGUUGUUCACCUAAAGCUCGAUGCCAUGUUUAAGAAUGGUACGACUGUUUGUAAAUAGUGAAUAGACCGUCUUCUCUGUGUUGAUUUCCAUUUGCCACCGCUGCAUGUACCUACUGAUAGCCGACAGGUCAUGCUGUAGUAGCUCUUGGGGUUGGUUAGCGUUUUUACUGGUACUCCAGAUACCAAAUCGUCCACAUACAUCGCUGCAUUUGUUGAUAAUAUAUUGGGCAAGUCAUUGAUAUAGGAGAGGAAGAGUCUGCAAUUAAGUGCUGACCCAAGCAGUAGUCCCCGUUCCAAAGUUCACUUGCUUGAGUUUUUGCAGCCAAACUUUGUUUUGAUUGUGAGGUUUGUCAGAAAACAUACGAUCCACCUGCACAUAUUCACUCACAGCUACGCCAAAGCCUUGUAAUUUUAACAAUAGGCCCGUUGGAGGUAUAAGACUAUUUUCAGUAGACCAUCGGUUAUGGUCUGGAGAAGACGGAGCAUCUUGUCUAUAGGCUGGUUUCCCUUUCGAAAGCCCGUCUGGUUUGUGUUUUGACAGUCAAUAAUUUGCAGGUACCAAUAAAGUCUCCCAUUUACCAUUCUCUCAGCUACCUUCCCUAAACAUGAUGUUAGGGAUAUCAGAUGGUAGCUGCUUGGGUGAUCAUUAUUUUUCCCCUCUUUGGGAAAGGGAACGAUUGCAGCACAUAGCCAAGCUCGUGACGGGGCUCCCGUGGCCCAUGAUCUGUUGAUGAUGCUCAUUAGCUUUGUCCUGGCUGUGGUGCCAAGGUUUUAUCAUUUCAUUACAGAUCUCAUCCUGUCCAGGUGCCUUGGUAACUUUGCACUUGUUGAUUGCUUUUUGCAGUUCAACCAGAGUAAAGGGUGAAGUGAAGACCUCAGCAAGGGUGAAGUGAAGAACUCAGCAUGAGGUCCCCACUGUUGGCGUUUCCUCCAUGUUUCCUGAGCCAGUUAAGCUUUUGGCUUUCUUUGGUCUCUCUCUCUGUUUAAGACUUACCUUAGCGAAAUGCCCGUUAAAGUCCUCUGUAUUUUAAGCAUCUGUGGUCCUCGGUUUUUCAUUUUCCACAUGGCAGGGAAGGAAUCCAUCAAUCGCCAAACCUUUUUCCUGUCUAUUAGGCUGAGUUUUUCCACGAGUCCCCACCCAUUUUUCUUUCUUUGCCGUGUUGACAGCGUCCCGGACCUCAGCCACCAGUCUGUUGUAGUCAGCACAAGCUGCUUCAGUCUUCCAGCUUUGGCCAGGCUUUUUUCCUUUCAUAGAUGAGUUCUGGCAACUUUUUAGUCGAGAAAGGUCGGAAAUUGCGGUUCCCACAUGUCUUUGGUAUGGUCUUUUCUGCCACACUUAACAUAGCACUCAUGAAGUUGAUUGAUAUUCGCAGAGUCAUCUGGGAUUCCAGCAGAUUGCGCGAUCGUGUUUUCUAUUCCGUCACAGAAUAAGGUCCAUUUGGCAUUGCCAAAUAGCCAGUGUCUCUUGGCAAACCUUUCCUUUUCUAACCCUAAAUUAAUUGUAAUGAGUAUUGGUCAAUGGUCACUACCAAUCUCAGGGAGCACUUCGAACCUCACUUUGCUGCCUAGUUCUGCUGAAACUAGAUUGAGAUCCAGUCAGGACAGAGAACUGUUGCCUGUAUGGAGCAGCAUUGGGAUGCUGUUUUUAGUAGUGAGUUUUACCUCCUCUAAAUAUCGCCCUUAGGCAUUUCUUUCUGGGUAGCCUAUAUCCCCAUAGGGGCAUUAAAAUCUCCAGCUAUAAGGAUUUUUUUGAAAUUGGGUGUGCUUUACAUGUUGUGCUUUACAAGUGUAAGCACAACGUGUUCCUAGGUUUAUUGUAAAUAUUUGAUAUGGUAAAGAACUUACACGCUAAAGCUACUCUAAGGGUCAGAGGUCACCAACCUGCUUAGGGGGGGGGGGUUCAAAAAUCCCUUGCUUAGUUGAUCAUUAUUGUAUGCACUUGCCAUACUGUUGGACAAGGACCAGACUCUAUUUGCUUUAAACACUCCCAGAGAGAGAAGCUGAAGCAACUCUUACCUUUGUCUUGGAAGUCAGACAUAUUGCAUAAUAAUCCUCUUAGCUUCACCGGGUACACAUGCAUGCCCAGUUACUAGUCCACUAACAGCCCUGUAGAGGCCAGGAUCUCUUGUUGCUGGAUAGCAAGAAAGCUACUAAAUGGAUUGUAAAAAUUAUUGUUUUAAUCUUCAUACCAGGUGAUACCUGAAAAGAGAACACUAAAGAAUUUAAAGUCCAUAAGUCUACAGGUCAACUGGUAUGUUUGGCUGGUACGUUGGAUGUUGUCUGUUUAAAUAUUGUUAUUGGCAACUUUUCAACUUUUUACUUUUCAUACGAUUCUACUCAUUGUACAAGAUACUAUCAACACAAUAUGUACUUAAAAAUUAAAAAUAUUAUGUAACCUUUGAAAUUAGUCUUGCAUGCCUCAGACAAAAAAAUACUAACGGCAUCUGUGUAUUUUAAUGCUGCUAUUUAUUAAGUAUCAGCUAAGUUGCAUAUUUUGUCAUUGUUAUAAUUGAACAUUUUUAAUGAUUUUUUGUUUUUUCAGGAAUGUUAAAUGAACUAAAUAUUUAUUGUAUUUUUCACUGAAGGCUCCCAGCAGUUUAUUGCUAGUGUCAUCUGGAACACUUGGGAACACAUUACAUCCAUUCCAAUUUAAGGUAAUUUUUUUUAAAGAUAUUGUUUUUAAAUCAAGAGGAUACUAUCAUGUUAGAUAGUACCUUGUGAGCAAGUAGUUGAUUGUACCUUGUGAGCAAGUAGUUGAUAGUACCAUGUGAGAAAGUACUUGAUAGUACCAUGUGAGAAAGUAGUUGAUAGUACCUUGUGAGAAAGUAGUUGAUGGUGCCAUGAGAGAAAGUAGUUGAUAGUGCCAUGAGAGAAAGUAGUUGAUAGUACCUUGUGAGAAAGUAGUUGAUAGUACCUUGUAAUUGGAUUUGGGCUUUUUAAAGGCUAACUGAUCAAAUGUGUAGCAUGCAUAGUUGAAUUUAAAUUUAACAUUUUUCAAACAAAUUCAAGCUGUGUAGAUGGACAACCUACUACUUGACUGUUCAUAAGGACUUUAAAUUUCAACACAACUUCCAUUAUGGUGUAGUUCAUUAUAAUGAGCUUUUCACAGUUUUGAUAAUUUCUUUUUUUAUUUGACCAGAGCCCAGGGGUCAUAACUAGGCUGCCCAAAUUUGAAGCGGACCUCCCAGUCACUCCAAGACCACAAAAGUUAACUUUGCUGGACCGGGACGUCAUCAUGGCUACCAUGUGAGUGCACAGCAUUGAGCGAUGAACAGGUCUUAAGUUUCAUUGGAAUCCAUUUAUUAUCUUUAAAGGAACAGUUUCUGUUUGACUGAACUAAUCCUUUCUUUCAUCCAACAUUUUUCAUCUAUAAAAAAAAAUGUGAAAGCACAAAACCUUGAAUAUUUUAGAUUUGAGCACCUUAAAAUUUGCUAAUUAUAGCAAGCAAGCUGUUGUCUUGACAUCAGUAAGGUAUAACCAGAAACUAUGGCAGCUGGCUGUAAGUUAACUAAGGCUUACACUUACACCCACCUUGAUGUUGAUGUGUUGCAACCUGAAUAGAUUAGGCUGUUGUCUAGAUUGACUAGGUUGGUGGAUGUGAUAGAUAUAUAUAUCUUUUCUUGAUAGUUUAUUAUGGGCAAUUGUUGAGCCAUCAACGAAAUGUUAGCUACACUUUACGGAAUGCAUAUUUUCACUUAUGUUAUAUUUUUUGCUGAAUUUGAUCACUGGGUCACUCAAUGUUUGUCAUUUGAUGAUUGUUGAAGUUGUAUUUUUUGUCCUCACCAGUUAUGAUCACUUGUAUAUAGUUGUGCUGAGACAUCCGCAAAGCACAUCUUUUGGAGCAGAAAUAGUGCUCUACCAAUUACAAAAGUAGGUCCGUUUUGGUUAUAUGAUACAUUUUGAAGAUCUAUUUCAGAUAGGAAAAUGGAUUAACCUUAAAUCUCAUGUUUAACAUGCACAAUUUCACUCAAUUGAAGCUGCUAAAAUGGAGGCUGUGUAUUAUGCAGGAGUACAAACAAAUUUCCUAUUUUUUAAGUCACAAUUAUCUAUAAGCAUUAUUGUUAAUAUAUAUUUUACAUGCUAGAGCAUCACUUGCAAUCCAUUCGUAUCACAUAUACUGUUUCUUUAAAUUUGGUUACUUGAUUAUUUUUUAUCUACUAACAGAGAAGGUCCUGCCAGAAAGACUGAUGUUUUGAGACUGGACAUGAGUGGACGCUUUGCCAUUAAUGUUGUGGACAAUUUAAUAAUGGUGCAUCAUCAGGCUUCCAAGGUAAAUCUAACAAUUGGGUCUUCUUAACCCAUGUUAUUUAGUGAGUUCACAAUGUUUCACAUAACUGACAUCACAAAUGUACCACGACCCUGAAAAAGAAGUGAAAAUCUUGAAAUGCUUGAAGGUAUUUUAAAAUUAGAUUAUUGUUUCAUAUUAUGUUUAUUUAAAAUUGAUAUUUUUCUCUUAAGAUGUAGAUGACCCUUUUUAAGAAACCACUUGACAUAAAGAUGUUUUUAAAAUUUUGUGUCAAAACACAGUAAUGAUUUUUAGCUCUUGUCUUGCUUUAUUUUCAGACUUCAGUCAUAUUUGACAUCCGUUUGGAGGGCAAGUCAGAUGGUUACGUGAUGUACCACUUUCCUGUGUUGUCGCCUCUUGGUAUCAAACCUUUUAAACUUCUUUUGCCCUGUAAGUUAAAUGCAGUAUUGGUUGGUUACUUCUUAGUGACAUUCAAAACUUUUUAGAUCCAUAGGAAGAUUAACAGCUGAUAUUAUUAAAUCUGAAUUCCCAUGUUCAGCUCUUCUAAAUAAAGCUGUGUGGUGUAUACUUUUUUAUUAGAAGAAGCGCAGCACUUCAGUGCUUAUUUUAACAUGCAAGGACUGUUAUUUGUUUAUACUUUCUCAAAUGAAAUGUUAACAUACUCUCUGAUAUUAUCAGUAGACCAUAAAUUUGUAAAAAUAAAUUUUCAGCUGUCAAUAUGCAAGCUGGCACAGAUAAAACAGAGUACAACUGUGAGCUUUGUAUCCUUUCAAAUAAAUUUGUUCUAGCUAGCCUAGAUGUUUGUGUGUCACAUAUCUAUAGGACAUAUCACAUAUCUAUAGGACAUGACGCACUUACAAUGUUGGUUUAUUUAUACUGAAUGAUAUCAAAACUAGUGCAUGGGCAUUAUUUUUCCUUAAGAAAUUGAAGAUUCUGCCAACUGGAUUGUCUUUCAGCCUGACAUUGUUAUAGAUGCCAAACUGGGUAAGUAGAUGUUACUCAGCAAUAUCUAUAACAAGUCUGAAUGAUCUGUUUACAUAUUCUUUGUGUGUCUCUCUUUUCUUUUUUUUUUUUUUAUCUUCAACAUUCAUAUUUCUAUUGAUGCUGUGCUCUAGCGGAUUUUUUUUUUUUUUGGUGGGGUGGGGGGGGUUUGUUAUAUCUGGCUUUUUAUUUAUGUGAUACAAAAAUUUUGGGGGUGUAAAUUAACAAUAAUGUGCUUCCAUUUUUUUUUCUUUUAUUGACAUUGGAAAGGAAUAAUUGUUUGAGAUUAGAUUUGAACCUAUUCUAUAUUUAUUAGAUUAUACUAUUUUUAUUUUUUAUUAGAUUACAUUGCUUCAUAAUCUAAUGGCACAAACAUUGCGGUUAACAUUGACUGGUGAAGGCCAAAUCUCCAUGGCAUUAUUGAAUCCUUCAUCAACGUAUAUUUUGCAAGUUUCCUUUUAUACCUAACCUAAAAAUUUUAAAUAAAAUAAAAUUUCAGGUUGUUUAUGGACAUUACAGAUAAAUCUUAACCCCCUGGUCACCAUGAUCCCAGACAAGGUAGACAAAUCACACAUUUAGUUUAUCCAAGUUAAUUUCAUUCACCGUUUGCUGACAUAAAAUUAUCUGUUUUUCUCUUUCUCAAAACAAAAUAAUUUACUACUUAAUAAUUUUCAGAGAUAAAAAAAAUAUUGUUACUUUUCCAGGAUCGACUAAUUCAGUUUCUCCUCAACCGCUCUGAUUCCAAACCAGUGAUUCUAAAUGUCUGCGCCCAGAUGUUGGUACCAGGUAAACAAGCCAGUUUACAGCACCUGGCCAAGGUGUACGACCUGCUCAAUGUCACAUACAAGCAACAUCUGGAGAUGGAGGCCCAAUUAUCUGUAAGAAAAAUUAACAUUUUGUUUAUGAUAUCUUUACAUAUAUUGCUCGUAUGCAAAAGCAUAAAAAAAAUCCUACGACACAAUUUUUUUUUUUUUUUUAAAAAGAAACUCAAUCAGCAUUUUUAUUUAUUACACACUAGGCUUACUGUAAAUAGGUGCCCUUCAGCAAAACAACUUUAACUCAUGCUAAUUAUCAGAGUUUUGGACUGUGAUAAAGCUUUAAAGUAGAUUAGUUAGACACAAUUUUUGCAAAUAAAACAAUAUAUGUUCAGCUUUAAUGACGAUUUUACAAAAUACAAAUGUAAACGUUUCGGCAAAUGCCUUCAUCAGUACAAAAAGCAAAACAUUUAAAUAAGUAUAAAUUAAAUUUAAAUGACAUAUAUUUACAUGUGUCCUACCUAAAAGUUACGUAUAAUUACACUCAUUUCUUGUCAUCAUUCACAUUUUAUUACCAUUAGCAUUACAGCUGCUACAUUUCAGUGCUAUUUUGAAGGCUCAAUUGAUUUGCUUUGGUAUUCUAUUCGUUUCAGCUUUAUUCAAAUUAUUUUAGAAGACUUUGCCUGAAAAUAUAUUGUUGACGUCCGCCAAAUUUGAUUCUGCCUUGCAUUUAAAACAGACUAAAGUUGCGUAAGGCGUUACCAUGUUGACUGUAGCUAUGUGUUGCUGUGUUUCAGGCGGGUGAGCUGACCAUGGCUGGGGUUACAGCUAAAAAAGUGGUGAUAGAACAGCCUGACAUGUUUACACACGUGUUCUCUAUAUUUGAGGAAUACAAGGUGAUCAUCAUAAUCUGUACAAGUAUUUUAAUAAUAAUAAUAAUAAGACGUCUUAUAUAGCGCGGUAUCCCAGCCUAGGGCUGGGCUCACCGCGCUGUACAUAAAAAUUUUAUCAAAAGAGACAUAAUUAUGACAUUAAAAUAAAAUACAUUUAUGAAAAAAAGAACAGCAAUGUAUAUUCACACACAUAUUAAAAGUCUAAUAAUGUUAAAAACUGUAUUUUAACAUAAUUUUCUUUUUUUUUGUGGUAAUUUAGCUGACAACAGGGGAUUUAUAUAAUUAUAUUAUAAUCUGUUCAUGAACUACAGUGGUCCCUUGCCACGUCGCGCUUUGACUAUGGUGGCUUCACUCUAUCGCUUUUUAAAAAAAAAUAUAAUAUAGCGCAUUCAUUAAAAGGUUGAUCAAGAUAGUGAAAAUGAUAGAGUGCGUGUUUGGUUUUCUGAGUCAAUUAUACAGCCCUCUAUUACAAUUAAAAUUACUGUAUGUAUGGACUGUAGGCCUUUGUAUUGGAGCACCCCCAGAGAGUCUAAUAAUGUUAAAAACUGUAUUUAGAGGGUUCUAAAUAGGUUUUAUAUGCUGUAACAAUGAAAAUAUUUUACAUUUAUAAAUAAAGAAUCCUACUUUAAGGAAAUUCACUUUACUGAUUAAUCGCGAUAAACGAGGGACGUUGUAUUGCAUUUUCAAUUUAAAAAAAGAAACUCACAGAUCGUUAAAAGAUGCAUGUACUUCAUUGAAAAUAUUUCUGAUAAAUUUUAUGCAGCUAUUCUGAGCUAAUUGGUUUUACACAUUACUAGCACUCAGUUGCUAAAAAAUCCAAAGGUGUUUGACUAAAGGCAUAGUAUAAUAAUCUAAUUUAGAAAUAUCUCUAUUAUCUAAACUCUACUGUAUCUGCCAAAAAUGUGGGUUCCAGGAUAUCAAAUACAAGUUCAUGGUGGCUGUGCUGAUUGAGUACAUCAGGUCUCUCAAUCAAUUUGGUAUUCCUGUUCAGGUGAGUACAAAAGUUUAUUUUUAACUAGCUUGUUCACUGUUAAUUUGUCAAGUCUCUCAUCAUUAAUUAAAUUAUGUGUUUUUAUUUUGUAAUUAUAAUGAUCUAUUGAUUAUUUCUCUUGUGCUUUUUUUUUUGGUUACCUUCAAUAGCACUACCUUUAUGAGCUGAUCAUUAACAUUCUAGUCCACAACAACUGUUUCUACCAACUUCAUCAAUUCCUACAAUACCAUGUUCUCAGUGAUUCUAAGCCUUUGGUAAGUUGUGUUACCGUUCGCUAUGCUUAUUGAAUCAUGUUUGAAAUUAAUAAAUCUGCUCUAUCACCUAGUAAUUGAAAACAUUUAAUAUUGUCAAGACCUGAACGUCACGUUUCUAUCUUAAAUUUUCCCUGUUGUGUUGAUAUUAUUGUUACAUUUAUUUUCUAGGCUUGCUUGAUGCUCUCCCUUGAAACAGUUUAUCCCCCUGCUCAUCAGCUGGCACUUGAUAUGCUAAAGGUUUGUACUAUCAUAUAUAUUAUACUAUGGGGUAGAUGAAAAUAACUUAGAGCAUGUAAGAUAUUAACAGGAUAAUAUAUGAGGGACUGCAUUCAAGCAGUGUGACUUUAAUAAAUAGGCUUGAAAAGAAAAGAUUGGAUAAUUAAAAGGACAUGUGGGCUUGAUGCCUUCUUCAGCAGACAAUACAAAAUAGAUAGAUAAUUAUAAAUUAAAAAUCAAAACUUAUGUGUUUGAAAAUUUUAAUAAUAACAAUGUAGCUCAAUGUAGUUUUAUCAUUAAAUUUCAACAUAAAGCAUUGGGAAGUCACAAAUUUACUUACAUUUUUUGCAGCUUGUUUGUAUAACUAGAUGAUCUGGUCAAGUGAUUAAAUAAUCAAGGAAAUGAUUAUUUGUUGAGGAGAGAGCUAUUUAUAUACUUUAUGUUCAUAUAGGAUGUUGGGAGUCCAUUAGGACUUUAAUAAUAAUAUAUUGUUUUUCAGAGGAUUCAGACAGCCAAUGAGGAGAUUAUUGAAGUUCUACUAUCAAAACAACAACUUCUACCUGCACUAAGGUAAUAAUUAUAAAUUUUUCUUUUAUUCAGAUAAGCAGUUAAUUCCUCUACAUUAUUUUCUAAAAGAUUUUCUGCCUCAAUGUUAAAAAUAAUGUUAAACUAUUCUAAUUUGCCCCUAUCUAGUACCAUAUAAAUGCUACUCUCAUUCAGUGGUUGAAAAACAUUUUAAAACAAAAAGAGGUCUUUGUUUUGUUUCAAUUAUUUGGUUAUUCAAAGUACUUACGGUUUUUGUUUCUUUCUAUUGGAGAUUUAUUCGUAGUGUGGGCAAUGUUGACGGUGUGUCUUCAAGAAAGUUUUUAGAGGCAGCUCUCAAUACAUCUGACAACAUGAUAUUUUAUACAGUUUUUAAAUUCUUUGAACAAAGAAACCAGAGGUUGCGGUCCAAUCCCAGGUUUCAGACAGGUAAAUUAAAAGGUUUAAAUGCUCAUUUCUCUUAUUCUGAACAAGCUACUUAAAACACAAAUUUGAUCUCUACUUAUUAUCACAUGCCUGGCAUGUAAAAUCAAAUAUCUAUGCAAUGGUGAUUAUAUCUUACACAUUGUCCUGGUCUUUAGUGAUUUUCCCAUACUUGGUGCACUGUAAAGAGAUUAUAGCAUUCUAGUCUGUAGUGACUGAAUAAUUAUUUUUACUCAUUUGAUAUGUUGCUUGUAGUAAAACUGUAUCAAUAGUUUAGGAUACUUUACCCAUGUCUUACAAACUGUGCCAUCCAGCCAUAAUUUUAUCUUAAGUAGUUUUGUUUGAAUUGUAGUCAGUCUAAAUUGCUGAAAGUGACUUAAUGAUAUUUUACAUUGUUCUGGAAUUUGUGAUUAAUGAAUACAUUGGACAUUUUUAAGUAGUUUCUAUUUUGUCCUGUCUUGAUACAUGACACAGUGAUGUAUGUGUAUAUUUCCACAGGAGAACACUGUGAGCAGUAUGUCAAACAGUUUGAAACUUUGUUUGGGAGUGAUGCCCUCAUGCCUGUUCCUUCUAUUCAGUGAUUUUUUUUUAAAAACUCAGUUAUGAACAAUACUCUGUACCAGGGGUAGACAAAUCUGGAUGCCAUGGUGCCUCAAAACUCAAAGCUGUAUAGAAUUUUCUAUCUUUCAAAAAAUACCUAUAAAGUUGUUUAUGUAUUUUCUGAAUCAGGUGUAUCAAUAAAUCAGAAUAAUAAAACUUGCAAUUAAAUUUUUUUAUCCCAUUGCACGAAUAAUGGUGAUGGUUAAAUUUAAGUUCUUCCUUCUCAUAUUCAAUUCACCUUUAAAUUGAAGAAGGCAAUACUGAAGACGAGCCGAGUGAGUGGUACAUUUUAAAAGUAGAUGGUGAAAGUCUUCCAUUAAAUAAGCUGCUGGAAAAGACACAGACUCUUAAAGAAUGAUUUCCAAUCUCAAGGAAAGCUCUGCACCAACAAUUCUUGUGUCAACCUCAGGAUCUCAAAUGAGGUUUCAGCUCAAUGAAAUGUUGAAAAUCAUAAACUGAUAUCCAAGCAUGGAUUGAAAGAACUAAACUUAACUGACCUGAUGAUUCAAUUAAAGGGCCUCCAACAAAGGACUUUAACCAACAGAAUGUUACGAUUAUUGGUAUUUUGGUGGUAAACCCCUUUAAUACAAUUUCAUAAGGUUAAAAAAAAUCUGACUGAUUAUAAACUAAAAAUAUUAAUUGCUUUUAAUUCAAUCAUGUAUUUAUUUGUUGAUGAGAUGUACUAAGGUCUCAUUAAAAGAAAUUAAAGAGUGUGUAGUUUUAUCUUAGUUUGAUUUAUGGUUUUACAACCCAUAUUUGCAAUGAGGUAUUGAGGUUUUGGCUGCAGAAUUGCUUAUGGUUUUGUCUACCCCUGCUCUGUGCAUGCCAGGGCAUGAAUUCUUGUUUUUCAUAAAAAAUUAGUCUUACGAAUUUACAAAGCAGAUUAAUCAAAAAUUUACGUUUUCUUUUUAGCUUCCAUGAUUAAGUUUGAGGAAUUGAUUUAUCCAAUUUUCACAUCAUGAAUCGGAGAAACCACAUGAUUUUAAAUAAAAAAAUCAUAAGUCAAUUUUUAAAAAAAACAGUGCAGAUAAGAAAUUUGAUGUUAAAAUAUUCCUGGAGUAAUAAAAGAUUUUUCAUUUUUCGGUUCCUAAGAUUGUAAAAAUUUGAAUAUGCAAGAGUCAUGAAGGGUUUCUAUUCAUAGCUACCGGUAGAAAUGGUACAGGCUUUUGGGUCUGUUGAUAAAAUUAUGAAAUCUAAAUACUUCACGCUCUGUGAAUCUACUCAAAACAAUUUAUUUUGUUUAACUUUAAGUUUAACAUCGGAGAUUACCGGUGAUUCUAUUUUGUGCAAUAACAGCUCAGCAAACCAUGGGGGCUAUUCAUCUCUUUAUUCAUGGAUUGUUUCCUUAUAUUAUUUAAUGAUAUAUUCUAAAGCUGCCUUUUAACAUAUGAGUAAUACUAAAGUGCAUUCUUUGAAAUUUAAGAAAGAAAAAAACUUUUUUUUUUAAAGUGUUAAAUUCGUUCCUUAGCUCACAAGUAG